AUGUCUAGAAAUGUCAGGAAGGGAGAAGAAGAACUGCUCUCAGCAGUUAAAAAUGUAGUCGGUAAAUUGUGCUCCUCUGAAGAAUUCAUUAAUAAUUUGGCACAAAUAAUAAGUGAAACAAUAAGUGAGAAGUUCUACAAAGAAAUCGAUGCAUUGAAAGAAGAAAACAAAAAGAAUGUAGAAAAAAUAAGCAAGCAACAAAGCAUAAUUGACUCGUUGAUAGAUAAACAGGAGAGGUUCGAUAAACAACUGCGACGUAAUAACAUAAUAUUCCAUGGAAUUCAAGAAAAACCUAAUGAAAAUUGUUCGCAACUUGUUCUUGAUACAAUACUGGACAAAAUGAAGAUAAACUAUGUGGGAAAAGAUGUCAUAGAAAAUACCUAUCGCAUUGGAAAAUAUGAUAAAAAUAAAGCCCGGCCGAUUAUGGUAAAAUUUACUACAGCUAGUCACAAGAAUAUGAUUUUCCGCAAUAAAAAGUUGAUGAAGAAUACAGGCAUCAUCCUGAGAGAAGAUAUCACCCCUGAGCAGCUCAAGAUAUUCAAGGCAGCCUUACUAAAAGUUGGUAAAAAUGGCAAGAUAUGGACAAAUCUUGGUGUAAUAUUCGCCAAAUACAAUGACGAGGAGUCCAUUAUCAAAAUACAUUCCAUGCUAGACGUAGACAUGCUUUGA